AUGGUUCACAAUAUAGGAUCUAAUAACUCAGGUAGACAAGUGUUGAACUUCACAUAUGAUGCUACAACAAGUGCUACUCAAGAAAUCGAUCAUGGUGUGGUGAAGGAGCAAGAUCGAUUGCUACCGAUUGCUAAUGUGGGUCGAAUCAUGAAGCAAAUUCUUCCCCCGAAUGCAAAGAUCUCGAAAGAAGCCAAAGAAACCAUGCAAGAAUGUGUAUCGGAGUUCAUUAGCUUCGUGACAGGAGAAGCUUCAGAUCAUUGUCGAAAAGAGAAGAGAAAGACGGUCAACGGAGACGAUGUUUGUUGGGCGAUGUUGAAUCUAGGGUUUGAUGAUUAUGCAGAACCAUUAAAGAGGUAUCUGCAUAAGAUUAGGGAGUUUGAUGGUGAAAGGGCUAACCAAAAUAAUAAAGUGGGUAGCAGCAGCAGUAAUGAAGAGAUCAAAGAUUAUCUUCCUAAUCCUCAUCAAGAAACUUCAUCGAAUUACAGAUCUGCAGGUAACCAAGCUCCUCGAAAAGCUACUGUUUCCACAUCCCCGAAUCUUUUUAAAUUCACUGUUAUUGACAAAAGAAAUAUAUUUUAAUUAGGGUUCAUGUUGUUGCUACUUUUAUGGGUGAGAGAUUUAGGGGUUUCUUGGAUGCCUCGAAGUAGAUUUGGAUACUUGUAUGAUAUAGACGAUAUGACGCAAAGUUACAGUCAUCCUCACCCCGAAUAAAAAUAAAAGUGUGUUCUUCGAGCUGCUAGGUUCUUUGCGUGUCAAUCUACGUCUAGGCUUAAGAAAAUGGCCCAAAAUUGUAACAGAAUUCGAUCUUAUAUAUGGUGUGCCUCUGGGGAUGAUGAGGUUUUCGU